AAGCCGGUUUCCGGAGUCUUUUUUGUCCCCGGGUCUCAGCGGUGUGGAGGUGGCGGUGGCUAUGAGGCAGAAGCACUACCUUGAGGCUGCGGCGCGGAAACUACAAGAUAGCUGCCCGGGCCAGGCCCGCUAUCUCCUCUGGGCCUACAGUUCGUCACACGAUGAUAAAAGCACUUUUGAAGGAGCAUGUCCAUACUGUUUCCAGUUGCUGGUUCAGGAUAAGUCUCGAGUACGUCUCAAACCCAAACCCAAACUGACACCCAAAAUACAGAAACUUCUUAAUCGAGAAGCAAGAAAUUAUACACUCAGUUUUAAAGAAGCAAAAAUUUUGAAAAAGUACAAAGACUCCAAAAGUGUAUUGUUGAUUACUUGUAAAACAUGCAACAGAGCAGUUAAACAUCAUGGUAAAAGUAGAAGCUUUCUAUCAACAUUGAAGAGCAAUCCUACCACUCCUGCGAGUAAACUCAGCCUAAAGACCCCAGAGAGAAAGACUCUAAGUUCUGCAAAGCUAAAUCAUGAUAUGUCUGGUUCCAAAGCCAAGAGCCCAGCAUUGAUUUUCAGAACAGCUACAUCUGGACAGUCAACACCCAUUUGCUCCUCAAAGAAUGUGAGCAAAACAAAGAAGCACUUCUCUCAACUAAAAAUGUUGCUUAGUCAGAGUGAAUCUGAAAAGAAUCCAAAGGUGGACUUCAGAAAUUUCUUAUCUUCUUUGUAAAGGAUGGACUAUGAAAACAAGAAAUGUUUAAUGUAAUUUCUGAAACUAAAGUUAGUCAGAAAACCUGCUUUUUAAAGAACUUAUUUAUCCUUAAAAUACAUGGAAACUAGGGUUCAAGACCAACUUUUCUUGGCUUUCUUCAGUGUUUGUUUAUGGAGAAAAUACCUCGUUAGAAUGAAAAACUGAAACCUGCCUACCUCACCAGGUGAUUGUGAGGAUCAAAAAUUAUGAAAGGUCCUUGUAAGUAGUAAAGAUAUAUAUGGAA